AUGGAACUCAUGGAGCUCGUUGAUCACGAGCCCGCGCCUCGCCCAUUCCGGUGCGACUGGCAGUCUUGCAACAAGAGCUUCAACCGCAAGUCAGAUUUGCAGCGGCACUACCGCAUACAUACGAAUGAGCGGCCAUACCAGUGCAACACGCCUGGCUGUGGCAAGAGCUUCAUCCAGCGCAGUGCCCUGACUGUGCACAUCCGUACUCACACUGGCGAGAAGCCGCACAUGUGCCAGCACUCCGGCUGCAACAAGCGUUUUUCAGACUCGUCGAGUCUGGCUCGCCAUCGGCGAAUCCACACCGGCAAGCGGCCGUACAAGUGCGCCCAUGACGGCUGCUUGAAGAGCUUCUGCCGCAAGACCACUAUGGUCAAACACCAGCGCCGCUCGCACCAGCGCGGCAUUCACUCGUCGGAGCUAGACGACUGCACAUCCGAGUCGGGCAGCGACGAGUCGCCGUCCACCCCCAAGAGCAGCGCCAUGCACUGGCCGUCGGCACCACAGGGCAUGGUCGUCAACGGCCUGCCGCACCACGCCCACGGCCUGCAUCGCGCCCAGUCCUUUGCCGACUUUGGCCAGAACGUCAGCUACGGCAUGCCACAGCACUUCGCCGCGGCCGCCCAGCAGCAACAGCACCACCACCGCCACAACUUGUCCGGCGGCCAGCAUGAGUACAGCCACCCGAUUCACGACCCGUCCGCUGUCGGUGCGGUUGUUGUCACGACCAUGGCGCCACACCACGCGGGCAUGCCCAUCCUGCACCGCGCCGCCAGCCUGCCGCAGCAUCCAUACUACGUGACGGAUCAGAACAACCCGGGCGUGGCCACCAUGAACACCAACUCGCCCAUGUCCGCUGCUGCCCCGUUCCACCACCAGAUCCCGCGCCAGUCGGUUGAGCGCAUUGCCGUGGAAAUUCCCUACUCGGCGACACCCGGUCUGGCGGCAUCGAUCCAGAGCAGCCCCAGCAGCUUCUCCACGUCAGGCCGCAGCCCCUCAACACAGGACGGCUUCUAUACGCACCAGGCACCGCAGGCAGCUACGUAUGCGCUGCACACCGCUUCGCCCAUCGAACACCACGCGCCCAUGGUGCACUAUGCCACGGCACCACCCAACCAACAGGCUCCCGUCCCCCAGCCGGCGCCGCAGCACCACGCCGCGCCGACGUCACAGCCGCAGCAGCACGCGGGUGAAGAGCAGUGGUACAACAGCGUGCCGUACCAGUCGCCAGUCGAGGUGUCUGUGCCGCAGAUGGCACAGAUUCCACCGUACGGCUCGACCGUGUACGACCCGUGGGGUGAGGCAAAGAUUGAGUUUGAGACAUCUGGCAUUCAGAUGCCAAGCGCACGCAUCGAGCAGAUGUAA